AUGGUGGAUAACUUCCUAGUGAGGGCCGAGGAGACUUUCUUACCUUACGAUAGCUCCCCACCGGUGUAUCACCUGUCGGACAUGGUGACGGACGCAGGGACCUACCAGGUGAUGCCCUCGCCCUUCUCCGAGGACGACCUGAGCGAGUCGUCCAGCCCUCGCUCCUGUUCUAGCCCUGACUCCCAAGUGCUCAGCUCCAGCUAUGGCAGCAGCUCUAGCGCCGAGAGCUCAGACAGCAUCCUGGACUUCCUGCUGUCCCAGACUUCCCUAGGCGGAACAGGGACCGCGGCGGCCAUCCCCAUGUCACUGCCCACCUUUCUGUGGGACUCACAAAGGGAUGCGCCGUCCCACCCCCAUCCAGAGGCCUUGAAAGAGGAGAGCGUGGACUUCUCUGUCUGGUCCUUGGUGGACAUGGAUGAGCCAUCCUUCCAGCCCACCUUGGAGGAGAUAGAGGAGUUCCUGGAGGAGAACAUGGAGGUGGUGUCAUCCAUAAAGCAGGAGGCCCGGGAGGGGGCGCUGGGGAUGGGUCUAGAGGAGAUCAUGGGACUGGGGGUGGGACUGGAGGUGUACAGGGAGUCCUCAUCCCCAGGGCCAAGGCUGGAGCUCGAGGCCAAGCAUUCAGACCAAACUGUGUCAACCGAGAAUGCCGCCACCACCACCGAGACCAAAAGCACACCGGCCACACCGGCACAGGAGUCCAUAGAAGGCCCGCAUGAUGACAGGUCCAAGAGUGGUUCAUUAUCCAGCAGGCUCGGGUCAGCAGAGAGCAGUGCAAACGGUGGCAGCGGUGGGAUGCCGGUCAUCCUGCAGAUCCAGCCCAUGCAGAUCAAACAGGAACCCGGUUCCACGGCUCCUCAUCCUCCUCCCCAAGUUGUCCAGCCUCCCCCUCAGCCGGCAUCAGACAUCAAAAUUGCCCAGCUGCUGGUCAACAUCCAGGGGCAGACCUUCGCCCUGGUGCCCCAGCUGCUGCCCUCCACCAGCCUCAAUGUCUCCUCCAAGUUUGUGCGCAUCGCUCCAGUUCCCAUUGCAGCCAAGCCCCUGGGCCUCGGGGAGGUGGUGGUUGGGGUCCAGGGCCAAGGGCUCCUGGUCGGGGGUCAGCAGUUUCAGAAGAACCCUGUGGCGGACCUCAUCAAAAUGCACAAAUGCACUUUCCCCAGCUGCACCAAGAUGUACACCAAGAGCAGCCACCUGAAAGCCCACCUCCGGAGACACACAGGGGAGAAACCUUUCGCCUGCACCUGGCCGGGCUGUGGAUGGAGGUGAGUGGGUGCUCAUUGACUAUGAUGAUGAUCAUCAUCAUUUUAUGGAUUUGCUGUGCCAAAAGGCCUCUAGACAUUCAAAUUAGUAGACAUAUACCAAUAGAAAACGUCCACCCUUGAGCACAUAACAUGAUGAUUCUUCACAAUGAAUUACAAUAGCUGCAAUGAUCUCAUCACACGUUAUCAUAAUCGUAUUCGGCAGGUGUCAUGGUUUUAAAGUUCAAGAGAUUAAGACAUCUUUAUCUUGAGAGAUUUGAACGACGUUGCUAGGUUACGGCAGGUUGUAUAAAGAAUGCAUAGGGUGAGCGAACGACUAGUCAGUGAGCCCAAGCUUUCACAAGCAUGUGUGAGAUAUGGAGGGGAUUAUCCCCUGUUGUUAUCGUAUGGCCUUUCUGGACGCUUUGGGGCAAUUAUAUGUCAAUGGGACAACCCAGCAAACAGGGGAUGUCUUGAGGACAUUCGGCAACGUUCCCAUUAGGUCCCUUAAGGGUUUCGGCGUGACGAUAUCCCUCUGACGUUCUGAGAACGUUCUAAGAAUGUCGUGUGAUGGUCCCAUGGAAAUGUUCUCUGGGGGACCUUUGUCUAGUUCCCUGUAAGUUCCCAGGACAUUACAUUUUUACAUUUUAGUCAUUUAGCAGACGCUCUUAUCCAGAGCAUUUUUCAUACUGGCCCCCCAUUGACAUAUUUCAGCAGUUUGAGUUUGGGUUCUUAAUAUAGUUGUCUAAUGUUGGUGGGGCAUAUUAUUCUGUUUUAAUGUUACUCCUGAAUUACUAUGUUUUAAUGUUACUCCUGAAUUACUAUGAUAGAUAUAAUCGUUUUUCUUGAGUGUAUUUUUAACAGAGCUGAGAUUUACUUUGAAGUGCGAAUUGUAGGAAUAGACCUACGGGUGAACUCAGUCAUUCAUACAGACAUGCUGGCAUAGCAGGACAAUCGGAAUGCUGUGAACCAAGAGAUAGUGAGUGCAAAUCCCAGGUGAAGACAUGUUAAAUAAUAAUUACUGUAUGAAUAAACACACACAAUGUAAUAUAUGUAAGUUGAAAUCACUGUACAGUGUAUGUUAAAAGCAUUGUUUGUGUGUGGGUGUCCCUAGCAUUCCCAAAAAGACAAAGAGCUGUGAAUGGAUCAGUGGUUCACCAAUCAGGGCGUUGAUGGACCAUGUGCCUUAGGUAGAAUGUUAGGAACAUGGUAGCAGCACAAGACAUGGUACAAACAUUAUUGGGCACAGACAACAGCACAAAGGGCAAGACUUGCAAAACAACAACAGUAUAGUCAGAAAAUAGAAGGUGAUGGCUGCGAUCAAAGUGUUAGUUGGAGGGUUGUCAAAAGAUAUAAAUGUGUUCCCUCAGAUUCACACUUUUGUCAGGCAUAUCUGGGAUAUGUGAUAAUGGCGUUGGUGUCACAUUUCCACUGGUGUAAACUAAAACUAACCGAAGCAUUUGGGUAGAGGCCACAUGGGCACCUCCUGUUGUGAUGCCACAGCUGUGCAGUGGCUACGGCCGAGUGUGUGGCAGAGUCUGUGGAUAUCUUCAUCAACAACAUCUCAUUUUUGACUCAUUAAUUACGUGUGGUUACAGGGUAAAAACAGAAACAAAUAAAAGGUUAACAGUUUAUGCAUUAAUUCCGAGUGGUUAAGGUUAGGGCUAUGGUUUGGGAAGACUUAAAACAAAAUAAUUUAAAAACGACACGCUAUUACCAUCAAGUAUCAUCAAGUAUUUUCAUGGCUUUGUGAACUGCGGUAGCGCAGUGGACUGAGCAGCACGCUUUGGUUCCGAACAUCACGAGUUCGACUGAGCAGCACGCUUUAUUUCCGAACAUCACGAGUUCGCACCCAGAGCUGGGCAAUUGUUUUUUUGUGAGCGCUGAGGAAUGCAUAUAGUGAAGUUCUCAGGACCUUUUCAAACGUCCGACAUCGAAGUCUAUUUCUAGUGGUCAUGAUCUGAAUACGGGUGUCAGUUUUCAACCGUGUGUGUGUUUGUGUGAGUGUGUGUGUGUGUGUGUUUGUGUGAGCGUGCCUGUGCGCUUGCGUUGGUGAGUGUGUUUGUGUGUGAGAGUGUGAUGGAGUGUGUGACUCUUGGCCCUCAGCUGCCUGAUUUCCUGAGGACACAGGGUCAGGCGGAGAGAGUGACAGUAUCGGGUGAAAGAGCGUAACCUUUGGCUUUCUAAGCCAGGGAGGAAUGUUAUCUAUAUGCCCUGGCCUGCAAAGACCUUACUGAAUAUAGGUGGCUAACACAUGGGCAAAGUACAAGUAGGGGUCUGUGAAUUGUGACUGUACUUACAAAGAGGUGGAGGAGGUAGCGUGUGUGUGUGUGUGUGUGCGUGUGCGUGUGCGUGUGCGUGUGCAUGUGUGUUAGUGUGUGUGUGUGUGUGUGUAACAGAGUGCAUUCUGUUGUGCCCUGAGCAGGGAUAGAACUGUGUGUGUGUAACAGAGUGCAUUCUGUUGUGCCCUGAGCAGGGAUAGAACUGUGUGUGUGUGUGUGUGCGUGUGCGUGUGUGUGAGUGUGUGUGUGUGUGUGUGUGUAACAGAGUGCAUUCUGUUGUGCCCUGAGCAGGGAUAGAACUGUGUGUGUGUGUGUGUGUAACAGAGUGCAUUCUGUUGUGCCCUGAGCAGGGAUAGAACUGUGUGUGUGUGUGUGUAACAGAGUGCAUUCUGUUGUGCCCUGAGCAGGGAUAGAACUGUGUGUGUGUGUGUGUGUAACAGAGUGCAUUCUGUUGUGCCCUGAGCAGGGAUAGAACUGUGUGUGUGUGUGUGCGUGUGCGUGUGUGUGAGUGUGUGUGUGUGUGUGUGUAACAGAGUGCAUUCUGUUGUGCCCUGAGCAGGGAUAGAACUUGCAAUGUUUUACACAACAUCACACGCAAUUCAAAGCCAACCAUCUUAGCCAAUAGCACAAAAGACUAGUCUGUCACUGCGUGAGCGAAGUUUGCCUUUAGAUCUCAGUAAUCUCGUUUAACCAGAAGUAAAAUUAUCUCGCUAAAGUUUGUCAUUUCCUUUUUUACAUUCUGGGGGAAUGCCGUUAACAAUUGUGAUGACCUUUGUGCAAAGGAAGGAAGCGAAGUCUCCUGCCUCGUAAACGGAAACUCUCGGCCAAACCCCUCCUUUCUGCUAAUUUCACCCAUGUUUAUCAUGGUAAAAAAGCAAACUUUUAGUUUUCAUGAAUUUUUACAAUAUAGACAAUUUUGACUUUGUGGCUGUGGAAUCUAGUGGAAAAAGGUUUAUCAUCCCACACAGGCUUGAAAAUCACCGCACCAGUUUAAGAAGUGUCUUCGCCCAAUCCUGAUUCGUCCAACUAAUCAUUGACGAAAACCCCAAACCAGGAACUACUGCUGCUCGUAAUCACAUAAUUCUACGUGAGCCUUGACAGAUUAAUCUGUCCAUGAGAAUUUGUCCAUGAGAAUCUGUCCACGAGAGUUUAAGAUCUCAGGAAAAGUGUGAUAUCACUGAUGUUUUCCAGCAAACAUGCUACAGAUGAGUUUCACAUCCACUACACGUACAGUACCAGUCAAACGUUUGGACACACCUACGCAUUCAAGGGUUUUUCUUUAUUUUUUACUAUUUUCUACAUUGUAGAAUAAUAGUGAAGACAUCAAAAGUAUGAAAUAACACAUAUGGAAUCAUGUAGUAACCAAUAAAGUGUUAAACAAAUCAAAAUAUAUUUAAUAUUUGAGAUUCUUCUAAGUAGCCACCCUUUGCCUUGAUAACAGCUUUGCACACUCUUGGCAUUCUCUCAACCAGCUUCACCUAGAAUGCUUUUCCAACAGUCUUGAGGUCGGGGGAUUGUGGAGGCCAGGUCAUCUGAUGCAGCACUCCAUCACUCUCCUUCUUGGUAAAAUAGCCCUUACACAGCCUGGAUGUGUCCUUACACAGCCUGGAGGAGUGUUGGGUCAUUGUCCUGUUGAAAAACAAAUGAUAGUCCCACUAAGCCCAAACCAGAUGGGAUGGCGUAUCGCUGCAGAAUGCUGUGGUAGCCAUGCUGGUUAAGUGUGCCUUGAAUUCUAAAUCAAUCACAUACAGUGUCACCAGCAAAGCACCUCCUCCUCCAUGCUUUAUUGUGGGAAAUACACAUGCGGAGAUCAUCCGUUCACAUUUACAUUUACAUCAUUUAGCAGACGCUCUUAUCGAGAGCGACCUACAAAUUGGUGCAUUCAAUUUAUGAUAGCCAGUGGGACAACCACUUUUUUUCCCUUCUUUUUUUAUGGGGGGGGGGGUAGAAGGAUUACUUUAUACUGUUCCAGGUAUUCCUUAAAGAGGUAGGGUUUCAAGUGUCUCCGGAAGGUGGUCAGUGACUCCGCUGUCCUGGCGUCGAGGGGGAGCUUGUUCCACCAUUGGGGUGCCAGAACAGCAAAUAGCUUUGACGUGGCUGAGCGGGAACUGUGCUUCCGUAGAGGUAGGGGAGCUAGCAGGCCAGAGGUGGAUGAACGUAGUGCCCUCGUUUGGGUGUAGGGUCUGAUCAGAGCCUGAAGGUAAGGAGGUGCCGUUCCCCUCACAGCUCCGUAGGCAAGCACCAUGGUCUUGUAGUAGAUGCGAGCCUCAACUGGAAGCCAGUGGAGUGUGCGGAGGAGCGGGGUGACAUGAGAGAACUUGGGAAGGUCGAACACCAGACGGGCUGCAGCGUUCUGGAUAAGUUGUAGGGGUUUAAUGGCACAGGCAGGGAGCCCAGCCCACAGCAAGUUGCAGUAAUCCAGACGGGAGAUGACAAGUGCCUGGAUUAGGACCUGUGCCGCUUUCUGUGUAAGGUAGGGUCGUACUCUGCGAAUGUUGUAGAGCAUGAACCUGCAGGAUCGGGUCACCGCUUUGAUGUUAGCGGAGAACGACAGGGUGUUGUCCGGGGUCAUGCCAAGGUUCUUUGCACUCUGGGAGGAGGACACAAUGGAGUUGUCAACCGUGAUGGAGAGAUCAUGGUACGGGCAGUCCUUCCCCGGGAGGAAGAGCAGCUCCGUCUUGCCGAGGUUCAGCUUGAGGUGGUGAUCCGACAUCCACACUGAUAUGUCUGCCAGACAUGCAGAGAUGCGAUUCGCAACCUGGUUAUCAGAAGGGGGAAAGGAGAAAAUUAAUUGUGUGUCGUCUGCGUAGCAAUGAUAGGAGAGACCAUGUGAGGAUAUGACAGAGCCAAGUAACUUGGUGUAUAGAGAGAAUAGGAGAGGGCCUAGAACUGAGCCCUGGGGACACCAGUGGUGAGAGCACGUGGUGCGGAGACAGAUUCUCGCUACGCCACCUGGUAGGAGCGACCUGUCAGGUAGGACGCAAUCCAAGAGUGAGCAGCACCGGAGAUGCCCAACUCGGAGAGGGUGGAGAGGAGGAUCUGAUGGUUCACAGUAUCAAAGGCAGUGGAUAGGUGUAGAAGGAUAAGAGCAGAGGAGAGAGAGUUAGUUUUAGCAGUGCGGAGAGCCUCCGUGACACAGAGAAGAGCAGUCUCAGUUGAAUGACCAGUCUUGAAACCUGACUGGUUUGGAUCAAGAAGGUCAUUCUGAGAGUGAUAGCAGGGGAGUUGGCUAGAGACGGCACACUCAAGAGUUUUGGAGAGAAAUGAAAGAAGGGAUACUGGUCUGUAGUUGUUGACAUCGGAGGGAUCGAGUGUAGGUUUUAUGAGGAGGGGUGCAACUCUCGCUCUCUUGAAGACCCACACCGCGUCUCACAAAGACACGGCGGUUGGAACCAAAAAUCUCCAAUUUGGACUCAAGACCAAAGGACAAAUUUCCACCGGUCUAAUGUCCAUUGCUCGUGUUUCUUGGCCCAAGCAGGUCUUUUCUUCUUAUUGGUGUCCUUUAGUAGUGGUUUCUUUGCAGCAAUCGACCAUGAAGGCCUGAUUCACACAGUCCCCUCUGAACAGUUGAUGUUGAGAUGUGUCUGUGACUUGAACUCUGUGAAGCAUUUAUUUGGGCUGCAAUUUCUGAGGCUGGUAACUCUAAUGAAGUUAUCCUCUGCAGCAGAGGUAACUCUGGGUCUUCCAUUCCUGUGGCGGUCCUCAUGAGAGCCAGUUUCAUCAUAGCGCUUGAUGGUGUUUGCGACUGCACUUGAAGAAACUUUCAAAGUUCUUGAAAUUUUCCAUAUUGACUGACCAUGUCUUAAAGUAUUGAUGGACUGUCGUUUCUCUUUGCUUAUUUGAGCUGUUCUUGCCAUAAUAUGGACUUGGCAUUUUACCAAAUAUGACUAUCUUCUGUAUACCCCUCCCUACCUUGUCACAACACAACUGAUUGUCUCAAAUGCAAUAAGAAGGAAAGAAUUUCCACAAAUUAAUUUUUAAGAAGGCACACCUGUUAAUUGAAAUGCAUUCCAGGUGACUACCUCAUGAAGCUGGUUGAGAGAAUGCCAAGAGUGUGUAAAGCUGUCAUCAAGGCAAAGGGUGGCUAUUUGAAGAAUCUCUAAUAUAAAAUAUAUUUUGAUUUGUUUAACACUUUUUUGGUUACUACAUGAUUCCAUUUGUGUUAUUUCAUAGUUUUGAUGUAUUCACUAUUAUUCUACAAUGUAAAAAAUAGUAAAAAUAAAGAAAACGCUUGAAUGAGUAGGUGUGUCCAAACUUUUGACUGGUAGUGUACACGUCAACUAUGACAGACAAAAUGAGAAAAGAAAAUCCAGAAAAUCACAUUGUAGGAUUUUUAAUGAAUUUAUUUGCAAAUUAUGGUGGAAAAUAAGUAUUUGGUCAAUAACAAAAGUUUCUCAAUACUUUGUUAUAUAUCCUUUGCAAUGACACAGGUCAAACGUUUUCUGUAAAUCUUCACAAGGUUUUCACACACUGUUGCUGGUAUUUUGGCCCAUUCCUCCAUGCAGAUCUCCUCUAGAGCAGUGAUGUUUUGGGGCUGUCGCUGGGCAACACGGACUUUCAACUCCUUCCAAAGAUUUUCUAUGGAUUUGAGAUCUGGAGACUGGCUAGGCCACUCCAGGACCUUGAAAUGCUUCUUACGAAGCCACUCCUUCGUUGCCCGGGCGGUGUGUUUGGGAUCAUUGUCAUGCUGAAAGACCCAGCCACGUUUCAUCUUCAAUGCCCUUGCUGAUGGAAGGAGGUUUUCACUUAAAAUCUCACGAUACAUGGCCCCAUUCAUUCUUUCCUUUACACGGAUCAGUCGUCCUGGUCCCUUUGCAGAAAGCAUGAUGUUUCCACCCCCAUGCUUCACAGUAGGUAUGGUGUUCUUUGGAUGCAACUCAGCAUUCUUUGUCCUCCAAACACGACGAGUUGAGUUUUUACCAAAAAGUUAUAUUUUGGUUUCAUCUGACAUUCUCCCAAUCCUCUUCUGGAUCAUCCAAAUGCACUCUAGCAAACUUCAGACGGGCCUGGACAUGUACUGGCUUAAGCAGGGGGACACGUCUGGCACUGCAGGAUUUGAGUCCCUGACGGCGUAGUGUGUUACUGAUGGUAGGCUUUGUUACUUUGGUCCCAGCUCUCUGCAGGUCAUUCACUAGGUCCCCCCGUGUGGUUCUGGGAUUUUUGCUCACCGUUCUUGUGAUCAUUUUGACCCCACGGGGUGAGAUCUUGCGUGGAGCCCCAGAUCGAGGGAGAUUAUCAGUGGUCUUUUUUGUCUUCCAUUUCCUAAUAAUUGCUCCCACAGUUGAUUUCUUCAAACCAAGCUGAUUACCUAUUGCAGAUUCAGUCUUCCCAGCCUGGUGCAGGUCUACAAUUUUGUUUCUGGUGUCCUUUGACAGCUCUUUGGUCUUGGCCAUAGUGGAGUUUGGAGUGUGACUGUUUGAGGUUGUGGACAGGUGUCUUUUAUACUGAUAACAAGUUCAAACAGGUGCCAUUAAUACAGGUAACGAGUGGAGGACAGAGGAGCCUCUUAAAGAAGAAGCUACAGGUCUGUGAGAGCCAGAAAUCUUGCUUGUUUGUAGGUGACCAAAUACUUAUUUUCCACCAUAAUUUGCAAAUAAAUUCAUAAAAAAUCCUACAAUGUGAUUUUCUGGAGAAAAAAAAUCUCAAUUUGUCUGUCAUAGUUGACGUGUACCUAUGAUGAAAAUUACAGGCCUCUCUCAUCUUUUUAAGUGGGAGAACUUGCACAAUUGGUGGCUGACUAAAUACUUUUUUUCCCCACUGUAUGUGUCUACACGCUCCAUACAGCAUAUUAGUUUGUAUUGAAUCAGCGUACCGUCCGUCCCUGUAAUGCUCAAUCAUUCAUGGACUCCAGUCCACUUCUUCUCCACAGUGAGCGAUCUACAGUAUAUUGCUGAAAAGGCAACUGCAUCAGUCAAUUUAUUUAUGAUGACUUUGGCACCAACUUGGCAACACGCCAGCGGGCGUGUAUUUGUAAUGUAUUUGUAAUGUAUUUGUAAUGUAUUUGUAUUGUAUUUGUAAUGUAUUUGUAAUGUAUUUGUAAUGUAUUUGUAAUGUAUUUGUAUUGUAUUUGUAAUGUCUUUGUAAUGUAUUUGUAAUGUAUUUGUAUUGUAUUUGUAAUGUAUUUGUAAUACCGCACAAGUCUGUCCCAGUAGAUGAGCUCGGCUGCAGCAGAAAUCCCUCUAGUAGUUAUCCAGGCGAUGCAUCUCGGCCCAACAAAAGGGGUCUUGUCUGGACACAAAAGACAGGAUUUAGUGGGGUGGAGGCAAGAGGGCGGGUUGGAGGAAAGGGGGGGUGUAGAGAGAGACAGAGAGUGAGAGAGAAAGAGAGAGAGUGAGAGGGUGAGUGUGAGAGAGAGCUAGAGAGUGGGGGAGUGAGAAAGAAUAAAGAGAAGGUGGGGAGAAAAUAGAGUGAGGGGGAAAGAGAGAGUGGAGGAAUGUAAAUGGAGGAAGAGAGUGAGAGAGAAAGAGAGAGAGUGGAGGAAUGUAAAUGGAGGAAGAGUGUGAGAGGGAGGGAGAAGGUAGGGCAAGAAAGAGAGAGAGUGUGUAAGAGUGAGGGGCCUGUUUCAGUUUUGUACACACAAUCAGGCUGAUGGAAACUGGUGUGGAAGUGAGAUGAACAAAAGGCUAAGUGCUGAAUAGUUACCAUGACUGUAUGGUAGGAAGGUCUUGGCUGGCAGACUGCUUGAAAAGGGAGCAGGAUGUGAGGUUUCUGUACUGAGGCUGAGAUGUUUACAGUUGGACAGAAGGACACAUGCAAACAGACACAUGUGUAAACACACACGUACAGGUAUGGGAACGUUGUGUGCACGCAUACACACAUACACAUAAACACUAUACACUCACGUGCACACAGUCUCUCAGUGUCCUUCUUUUAUCUAUCUCUCUCUCUCUCUCUCUCUCUCUCUCUCUCUCUCUCUCUCGCUCUCACACCAAAAUCUAAUUAAACCUCCCCAUAUUUCUUCUGGAGCUGACAUCGAUAUCAUUUCAUCAGAAGGCCAGGGGCACACACACUCCAUACUGUUAUUCCACUGCUUUAAGUCAGUCAGUCAGUACUAGAGGAAAGAAGCAGGGGGACUCCCUGGGGAAGUAAAAUAUAACAAUGUUAUUAUUUUAUUACUAUCAUUUGACAAUAAGCACUUAUUUUGAGAGUCACUGCUGUAGGCCUUCUGUAGUUGCCUAUCUACUGACAUUAGCUAGUUGAGUCUAAACCCCUUUUUUCCUCUCCUUGUGGUUUGGGGACUCAUGUUUUAUGUGUGUGUGUGACAGAUAGUAAAGUGGGUUUUAUUUCCGACUCCCCUGCUUAAUCAUAGGCUCGAGAUUGCAUCAAUUCAUCAUCCUGUCAGCUCUGGCUGUAACAUCUGGGAGACAGAAAGAUCUAGGCUUGGGAGUGACUGCUGGGAGGCCAAUAGUUGUCAUGCCUUAAGCCUUAACCAUGUGUUUCAAGCUAUCACUAACUAGUUAGCAUAGCAUUGCUUUUUACGCCGCAGCCGUGUAUUAUACGAUAGCUCUAACUAUUUAGAAUUUCCGCAUAGCAUUUCUCCAGGGUUUGUCCCUGGGUUUUUAGCUAGUGCUAACUAGCUAACAAUGAUCUGCAUAGCGCUGGUAAGGUAAUGUGUUUUAAGCUAGCAUGAUCCUUUUUUGCAUUGCCGUUGCUUAAGCUUAGCCUAGCCAUGUGUUUUAAGCUAAUUAUUUAGCAUUGCUAGUAUUACUUUAGGGUUCAUCCAUGUAGUAUUGACAUAUAGUCUGGUGGCCUUUGUCAGCGAUGUUACAUAACUAGCGAGGCUUAGUGAGAAGCAGUAGGUCUUGCAAGAAUAAGGAGAAGCCCAGAUUUACUGCAAAAUAACACAUUGGUUCAAGCAGACGGGCUGUAGCCAGUCAUUGAUUAUGGUAUACACUGCCCCAAGACUGCCAAAGUCAAAACGUGUCAAGCUACGUCACAGGAGGUUGGUGGCACCUUAAUUGGGGAGGACGGGCUCGAGGUAAUGGCUGGAGCGGAAUAAGUGUAAUGGUAUCCUGCAGGCUGACUUCGGUCGUCAGUUGAACAGUGUUCCCUCCGACACAUUGGUGCAGAUGGCUUCCGGGUUAAGCGAGCGGGUGUUAAGAAGCGCAGCUUGGCGGGUCAUGUUUCGGAGGACGCAUGACUCGCCCUUCGCCUCUCCCGAGCCCGUUGGGGAGUUGCAGCGAUGAGACAAGAUCGUAAUCACGAAAUAGGGGAGAAAAAUCACAUUACAUAUGUGAACAAUAAUAAUUAUAUUAUAUUUUACAAUGAUUUACAUCUCUCUCCUAUCUGUGUCUCUCCCAGGUUCUCGAGGUCGGAUGAGCUGUCGCGACACCGGCGGUCCCACUCAGGGAUCAAGCCUUACCAGUGUCCAGUGUGUGAGAAGAAAUUUGCCCGCAGUGACCAUCUGUCAAAACACAUCAAAGUCCACCGCUUUCCGCGAAGCCGGACCCUGCGCACAGCAAACUGA